UUUGAGGGGCGGGGCCGAGGACUGGACUCCUUCUGCCUUGGCGGCUUGGCCCCCGGCUUAUUCCAGGCGAUGGCGUUAGCAGUGCGGCUGCGCCGGCUUCUCCCGCACCUUCGCUCGGGGCUCCGGGUUCCGGCUGGGAUCCGGGCUGCGGGCUGCGGGCGGCGGGGCGGUCCCAGCCUUUGGCUAGGUGGCAGCGAGAUUCUUGCGAAUGCUGUAGUUUUCAAAAGGGGUCCCAUAAUCUCAGCAUUGUCUUAUUUGGGCUUUGAAAUUUACCAACUGAUUUCUCAGUCUGCUGUGGUUCAUGCUGCAGUCAAUGUUAACGAAAUCCUUGAACAAGCAGAUUACCUAUAUGGCAGUGGAGAAAUAGAAAAGCUUUAUCACUUGUUAACUCAAUAUAAACAAAGUGAGGAUGCAGAGUUGUUAUGGCGUCUGGCACGGGCAUCCCGAGAUAUAUCUCAACUUAGUACUACCUCUGCAGAAGAUAAGAAACGACUGGUCUAUGAAGCUUUUGCAUAUGCAAAAAAAGCACUUGAAAAAAACGAAUCAAGUUCUGCAGCUCACAAGUGGUAUGCUAUCUGUAUCAGCGAUGUUGGGGAUUAUGAAGGUAUCAAGGUUAAAAUUGGAAAUGCCUUCAUUAUCAAGGAACAUUUUGAGAAAGCAAUUGAACUGAAUCCUAAAGAUGCCACUUCAAUUCACCUUAUUGGUAUUUGGUGUUAUUCAUUUGCUGAAUUGCCUUGGUACCAAAGAAACAUUGCUAAAGUAUUGUUUGCAACUCCUCCCACUUCCACAUAUGAGGAGGCUCUAAAAUACUUUCAGAUGGCAGAACAAGUGCACCCAAACUUUUACAGCAAAAAUUUGCUUUUCUUGGGAAAGACUUAUCUGAAGUUAAACAACAAAAAACUUGCUGCCUUCUGGUUAUUGAAAGCCAAGGACUACCCAGCACAUACUGAGGAGGAUAAGCAGGUACAAAAAGAAGCUGCUCAGCUGCUCAAGUCUGUUGGUGACAAGAAUUGAGAACCUGAUUCACAUUAAAAUAGCACAUGAAAUAUUUCUAAUAACUGUUUUUUCAUUGAGUUAAUCAUGACACAGCCAACCCAGCUCAGUAGCUAAUGAGUAAGACAGGUAUUAGGCAUUCCAAAUUCCAGUCUUAAUAGAAAAAUCAGUCCUUGAUGAUGGGAAGGGUAAUCUGUAUGGAAAGGUACUAAGAUAAAAUGGAAAUGCUCACUGUCUAAGUAAUUGUUUUCAGUGGAAACUCCAUCCUAAUUUUUUGGGGAGGGAAUAUGCAAGGAGUGGCAUAUGAGGAGUUGGCAUAUAAUCAAUUAAGCAAAACAAGGUCUUAAAAAUAAUAGUAAACAUUUAUUAAGUGCCUACUGCUCAGCACUGAUUUCACCUAAAGUGGUGCUUUUGAUGGUCUAGACUUUUGUCAACCAGUAUUAACUAGUGCUGAUAAUUUUACCUGUCUCUACCAUUUUAAGUGUCUACCAUUUUUACCUUAAUUAUGUAAUUAUUCAACAGAUUGACCAUUAAUAAAUCAAGUUUCAUUGGAUAA